AUGGAUGCACUUAGUGAUGCCGGCGUGGAGUUACACCCUCACCACUUACAUCGAUUCUGGUCAUCUUUGGUGUAUGAGAGUCCUCCUGAUGGUGCAAAAUGGGGGGACCAUGAUGCCACUGAGCGGGGCAUUUUUGUAGCCAUGGUGGCAGAUGUGUACAGGCAAGGACCAGCUGCUGUCCGGAAGGCAUCUCAAUUACUACUCCCUCAUAUCCGUCCACAAGUUGCAGGCCUACUAGAGCCUAGGGAGUCAGAGGCUCCAAAGGGGAGACCACCAAAGAGGUCGAACACUAGAGAUCCUUCUUGGUUUGAGCACGAGAGGGCACGGUCGGCAAAGAGGAGCAAAACAAAUCAAAACACGAAAAAGACACAGAAGACGACUCCUACAGGAGGUGUCUCGAAAAGUCAGCAUAUGCAAGUCCACAAUGAGAGAAAUGUGUGUCCCUAUCUCCGCUACAUCCCACCUAGUGUGCGCCCUCUUCUUUGA